UUUGUUGUGGGAAAUAACCACCGUGGGACUGACCUGAUAUUCAGGCCACCUCAGCGGCACACAUACAGCACAAGGAAGACAUACAUCUGUACACUAGCCUCCCUCCAAGCAUGUCGUCGCAGCUUUCGACCGGUAUCAGAUAAAGAUAGCACAAGUUACGGAUAAGGCUAGGAAGGACGAGGGGGAAAAUCUUGUGUCUCUCGGACAACCAGUAGAGCCGCCGACAGCCCGGAGCUGUCGCGAUGUUGUAGCUAAACCAUGGACAGCAGAAUAAAGGAGAAUCCAGAAAGAACAUUUGAUCUGGUUCUACAGGUGGCAUGUCCAACAUCUGAAAAUGACGAUCCAGCCGUGCUGUGGAGCUUCCCCCAGGACCACACAGACCAGGAGGUCCUGCAGACGAUACCAAAGUUCUGCUUUCCCUUUGACGUGGAAAGGGUGUCCCAGAGUCAGGUGGGGCAGAACUUCACCUUUGUGCUGACGGACAUCGACAGCAAACAGAGGUUUGGUUUCUGCCGACUCACUCAAGGCUGCCGGGUCUGCAUAUGUCUACUCAGUUAUCUCCCAUGGUUCGAAAUCUACUACAAGCUGCUAAAUACCCUGGCAGACUACUUAUGUAAACACCAGGAAAAUGACUUGAAUGACAUGCUGAAUUCUCUGUAUGAUCUGCCCGUGCCAAAGCCCUUUACGCCAGUCAACCUGAGUGUGAAUGAGCAGUUGUAUAUUGCCACUGGGCAAGUACUGAGAGAUCGGCGAAGCAAGGAGCCGCACUCCUACUUCAUUGCCCCGGAUAUCAACGGACUGCCAACGAUCCCUGAGAGUAGGAACCUGACAGAGUACUUUGUGGCUGUCGACGUCAACAACAUGCUCCAGCUCUACGCCAGCAUGCUGCACGAGCGGCGCAUCAUCAUUACCUCAAGCAAGCUUAGCACUUUAACUGCAUGUGUCCACGGUGCGACUGCCAUGCUCUUCCCCAUGUACUGGCAGCACAUCUUCAUCCCUGUGCUGCCUCCGCAUCUUCUGGACUACUGCUGUGCCCCCAUGCCAUACUUGGUAGGAGUUCAUCUUAGUCUCCUUGAGCGAGUGCGCAGUCGGUCACUGGAGGAUGUGGUCAUUCUGAACGUAGACACCAACACCCUGGAGAGCCCGUCUGAUGACCUGCAGAACCUGCCCAGCGAUGUGGUGUCCUCUCUGAAGAGCAAGCUGAAGAAGCAAUCAACAGCAACAGGAAGUGGUGUAGCCCGGGCCUUCCUGAGAGCGCAGGCCGCUCUGUUUGGAUCCUACCGCGACGCCCUCAGAUACAAACCUGGGGAGCCAAUCACCUUCUGUGAGGAGAGCUUUGUGAACCAUCGCUCAAGCACCAUGAGGAACUUCCUGUCCAUGGCAGUCAACCUGCAGCUCUUCAAACAGUUCAUCGAUGGACGGCUGGCCAAAUUGAAUGCAGGCCGCGGCUUCACCGAUGUGUUUGAGGAGGAGAUCACGGAGGGGGGCUUCUGUGGAAGUAAUUCAAGGUCCUAUCAACAAUGGAUGCACACUGUGAAGAGAGGAGGAGCGCUCAUCAACACAGCGGUGACAAAGGCCAAGAGUCAUGCCAAGAGGGGCAUCCGGGACAUUAAGGGCAGGCUCAAAGCAAGGGAGGAGGAAGAGGAGGGCAUGACAUUCUGUGCAGGGUCUCCAACCAGCACCAAGAGCCUGUCGCCCAGGAGACUGCAGAAGAUGAGGAGGCAACAUAACUUCAAGUCUCCUGUGAACAUGGGCCCUCGCGAUCAGGGUUUAGGAUUUGGGCUUGACGAUGAUGAGCUGGACACUGCAAGCAAGAUCUCCUCAGAGGACAGUGGCGAGGUUCAUUCCUACAUCGAGGACAGCGACGAUUCCUACUCGCUGGACUUGGACAUCGACUCCUCAAACAGCGGUCAGAUGAAUCUGCUGGAAGAGAUCCUGGACUCUCUGAAUACGACGACAGUGGAGCAGGGCAAACUCAGCGCUGCCAAGAGCCUGGACUUCUUCAGGUCCAUGGAUGAUUUAGACUACAUCGCCCCGAACAAGUCCACAACCUCCGGUGACUCUAAACCCGCAGGUGGGAGCGGCUCUGGCGGGGACGGGGAUCCAGGAGGCUGGAAUAUGGGCCAGGAUGACAGUGCAGUUCAUGGAAAACACCUACCCCCAUCCCCACGCAGACAGCCCAACAAGAGCAGUAUGAAGGUGUCAAAGAACCACAAGACAGCGCCUCCACCGCCCGAUUCGAGCACUGUCCCAGGCACAGGCCAGGGCCAGGACACGGACGUCUCCAAGGUCCAGUCACAUCUUCAUCAGCCGACUUUAGAACCAGCUCCUCAGCCUUUACCUCCAGGACGACAACAAGGCAACCGUUUCUCCUACUCGCCAUCAAUGUCCCAUAAAGUUACACCGACCCUGCCACCAUCUCCCCCUCUCUCCCACGCCUACAAUUCUCCACCGCAACCACCUGUUAGCCAGCCAUAUUCUCCUCUACCAUCAGCCCGCUCUCGAACCGUCUCAGACCCCCAAACCAGCACUGAGUCUCUCCAGCCCCAGAAUGUGACUGCCUCCACCAGCAUCCUGAGGAGGAAGGUGCUUUCCAAGGAGACAGUGAGGCAGUACCAGGAAAAGGCCCUUCAGAGGCAGGGCAGCAAGGGCCGCCAGGAGAGUCUGGGGAGCCCGUCUCGGAGCAGCCAGUCAACUAUACAGGUCCCCUGGGAGAAAGAGGUCCCCGAGGAGAGCCUUCUGGGGCUAGGCCUGUGUCUCGGCCAGGGUAAAGGCUCUGGAGCUGCUGCGGUGCCGGAAAAAGGCCUCCUGGAGGAGAUUGAGUCCAUGUGUUGCCUCGGUUCAGUCCUCCAAACCAGCCUGGAGCUCUCCCAAGUCCACUGCAACUCCAACAACAGCCACAGCCACAGUCAUCACCACGUCCAGGGCAAAGCCACAGACAAGUCCUGAGGGAGGCCAAACCCUGGGGAAUAAGAAUCAGCGCCUAUAAAAUGCCAUAGGUUCUUUCAAAUCUUUAUUAUCAUAAAUCUUGGAGGUCAAUUAGCUGCUGCCUCAAAGAACUGAAUCGGUUUAUUCUUUGCUGAUUUUACCAUUCAGCCAUCAGGAAGAGUUAUGAACCGAUCUGAUGUCAUCAGUAAAGGCUGCCACGAACAAGAAGUCACAGCCUACAGCAGGAAACAGGAGAUGAUGAGUUGGUAUUGACAGCUCGCUGUGACUUUCAUAGUAUUUCUGUCUGUAAUAAUAAUGAAAUUCUGGACAACACUGGUAUAUUCACACAUUGGUCUUUUUCCUUUCAUAACAUAUUAACAAUACAUAACUGAAAAGACUCAUAAAUCAAAUCCGGGGGAAAAUAUGACUAGCCGACCAGUAAUGGAGGAAUUUUUGACUCCUCCUAAAGGAAAGCAGAAAAGGCUCAGUACUUCAUCAGGAUCAAGAAGGGAUGAUGUCUCCUCAUCACACCAUCAUGUCAGUCUUACACUCACGGUUUUCCCAACAUUUUACACGGUCAAACUGAAUUUGCACUCGUAGGUGAAUAGGUACUAUUCAGUCACUGUUACCCGGUACUAACGUCAUUAGAACAGCAACAACAACAACAACAACAACAACAACAAAAACACAUAUAUCAGGCACUUGGGGUUUUUCAGACCCAAAUUCAGCUCUGGCCUUUGGAAUUAAUUAUACACUGUGUAAAAUAGUUGUUCUAUCACCAUGCCUUAAAUGGAGGUGUGAUUUUGUUUUUGGCACUGCGCUGUCUUAAUCUACAGUUACUCAUGUACUGUAACAGGUACUUUAUAAUCGGUGUAAUUAGCACAGUCAAAUUUGAAAUGCAAACAUUUUUUAUGUGAUGAAAGCAUAACUGUAGUUGCACAGCACUGUAUUUCUAUGGAUAAAUAGAAUAGGUUAAGAUAUACUUAUAUAUAUAUACAUAAUGCGCUUUAAGGUGCUGUUUUUAGUUGCAUUCCAGAUAAUUAGAUGCUCGUGGAAAUUCUUCCUCUCUCUCUCGUUUCUCAGGACACUUCAGUCAGUCUGAAGAGAUGAAAAUGAGUGCAGAUACAGUUAAAAUGAAUGAUCUGAAAACACCCAUGUCCAUCCUUUCUGUCUCUCUCUCUGUCUUUCUCACACUCACCAGUUUCUCUCUCCUUCUCUUUCCACCGUCCUCCGUCAUCUCUCUCCUCCUCAUGUUGUUUCCCUCACUUUUCCACUCCUCACCUCUCACAGCACGUCUCACUUUAAGUCUUGAAAAUAGCGGCUGGUUGUUACAGAGCUCAUGUGGUUGCAGAGGUGAUAUGGUACUAUAAGGUGUACUUUAUUUCAUACAGUCCAUCUCUUUCUGUCUGUCUUUCUUUCCCUUUGUCUCUCACUCAUGAGGAAAUGCAAGCUCUGUCCUUCUAGGUUAGAGUGACACUGUAAUUUAAUGCAAUGCUUGAUGAUUGUACUGUAAUGAAGCAAUACGGUUCUCCUCAGAGAGUAGCUAUAUGGAUGUAACAUGUACAAAGUGAAUUUUUUUCUAAAACAGUUUCUCCCGUGGAGAGUUUGCUGCGUCCAGAGAUUUGUGUUUCCCACGAUUCCCUGCGUUGCCACAAACCCAGAGAAAGAAGAAAAGCAUUUUCAUGUGCUUGUGUUGGGAUUAUUAUGUUUAUGGUUCGUUGUUCUUAUGAUUUAUGCCAGACGCCAGUCAGUGUGGCGGUUUAACAGCAGCUCCCUCUCCACUUUUUGAGUGCUGCUCUGCGUUAACGAUUUGCUCAUAAAGUCUUUGGCAUGCUUCUAAAGGCCCAGGAAUCGGUCUGAGUACUUCCAAAAAAAAAAAAAAAGACUCCAGAACAAUCCCUCUACAGGCCUUUAUUCAUUCAAAACACUUUAAUAAUAAUAAUUUACUAUGCAAAACUAUAAAGUGGUCAAAAUGGUAAUUUUUUUGACCAGUUACUGCAUCAGAUUGCAUUAUUUUAUUUGACAAAAAGUAAAUAGAUAAUUAGAGAAGACUCAUUUGAGUCAGUGACCCUAAAUGUGUAUCAAAGAUAUUUUGUGUGGUCAGCAUGUGUGAGCUGCGAUGUGUCUGUGGGUGUUAAUGACCGAGUAAAUGGUGUGCCUUAUAUGAGAACCACCCAGUAUAAUCAGAACAAGGUACAGUAUUAGAGUCAGUAAGGGUAUAAGGGACUAUGUCUUCAGACCACUUUUACACACAGUUGUUUAUUUAUAUAAUAAAGAAACCAGAGCAAGAAGGCCUAAUUUGGUCCAGAGAAGCUAUUGUGACCUGAAACGAACUUCGGUACUUGAACUGUCUUCAGCUCGUUUCUUUGUUCUUGAAACAAAUCCAGAAUCUCUGCAUCCACAGUUCACAGCUGGGGUUACUCCUUCAGAGUUUUGCUUUGCUGCGGUGGUUGGAGGGAAUCCCCCUGCCUAUACUUAAGAUCUCUCAAUCUCUCUCAUGGUAUUUGUCUUUUUGUAAGUUAGGUACUCUCUUUGAUUUGACUAUUUUGUGAUUAUAGUUUGUGCUUUUCUCUGUUGUCUCUUUUUGUUCUCUCCUUUUUUUGUAAUUCCCUCGAACGCGCUUUCUGAGUUAACAGUAUUCAAAAGGGUCUCUCUCUAGUUAAACAUCAAUAUUGAUUUCAUAUUGAUGAAAAAUUAUUUUCAACUAUGACUAGACAUGUAUUUUUGCUGGCUUGAGUAUAUUUUACAUGGAUAAUAUAUGAUCGGUGUUGUAUGUUGUAAAAAUGACACCCAAUAUUUGAAUGUUUUAGAUUUUAUUUUUGUGGAAAAAAAAAGAUAAAUUUUGUAGAAUAUUAUCGCAUGUCCCAUCUAGCCAUUCAUGUUCAGAAGCAUUUGAUACCUUGUAAUCAAACUCAGCUGAGACUGAGACUUGCUUGCACAUGGAAGAGCAUACCUGCUUACUGCUAUAUCCGCAUGUAUAUUUGUUGUAAGCUAUGAUUUCAAACACAUUUCUUCAAAUGUGGUCUGUUCUGCUGGUAUUACGAUUGUCCCAGUAUUUAGCGCAUCCAUCAAAUCGAGAAUGAUGGAAAAAGCAUUAUAAGGAUUGUAGAGUACACUCUCAUUCUGCCUUGCAUUGAUUAUUGUAGAAUUAAGUCAUCUGCCUUGCACUUUUAGUGUUACCACAAAACUACUUUUCUUGGUUGGUUUAUUACACACCCAUGACUACUGUACAUCUAACCUUAGAGGUUCGUGGAGGAUAAACUUGAGCAGUGUCUUACCUGCAGCUGCUGGUAGAGGGUGAGGGUGACACGUUAGAGGAACAGUUAAGCCAAAAAAAAAAAAAAAAAAAAACGAUCGAAAAAGAUAGAAAAAAAGAGGAUAUUUUCCCAGAGUUUCUCAAGAGAGUUUCUGUGUGGCUUGGCUAGGUUCCUCUGGCAGUCCAGUACGAUGGGGCUGGUCGGGUAGUCAACUGUGGACCUUGACAUCGUCAAACAUUUACAUGUGAAAAACUCAACGGCAACAGCUCUUUCCCAAAACAGUGACACUGAUACCUGAAAUAAUCCACAGCCCUUGUUAGCGGUGAGUUUUGUCAGGCACUCUUCUCCUGCUGAAGGACACUGGCAAACUGUACCUGUCCACCCUCAACACGUUUGUGGUAGAGGCUGAUGCAUACAGUUUGGUGGUGUACACUUCUGACAUUUUUGAGCUCCACACAUAAUACCUGUCCAGCUGCAUUGUCCUGGGGUGAAGGGAGACAGCGGAGAUUGCAGCAGACUGGAAACCUCGCCACAUCAGACAGAAACGAUAUUGGACAUGGGGUGAACUGCUCCUUUAAGCUUUAGUAACUUUGGUCUUGUGUACACUAAUCUUGUACAAUGAUGAAUACAUGUAUGUUAGGGGAUUGACAUUUCAGUGUCUGAGGGUACAAGAUAGAUAACCAAGAAGGCAAGGAAGAUGGCCCACUUCUGCGGGGUUGUGUUUGUGCUGAAAUGGGCAGUGAAACGAGCGUCGUGUCUCAGUGUAAACGAAGCCUGGGGGCCGUGAAGCCGGCGUUUCUAACAAUGAAUGUCUGUCAACUCCCUGACUGACUGAAUGACUGACUGGAAAAGAAAGGAAAUCCAGAGUAAUAUGCCUGUGUGUAUCCCUAUAGCAUUUUCUCCACUCUCCUGACAACAUGACAUGCAACAUACUUUGCGGUAAAAGGAUUAAUAAAUGUAGCCAAUAAUGAUGAGAACGAUUGUCCUGACAUUUCAGGUUUGAGAUGAGCACAAGGUGAUUGAAAUCAGGUUGAAACUUCUGCUUGAGAUACCAGCGGAAGUUUUUUUUUUUUUUUUUUUUUUUUUUUUGGUCUUAUUUCAAAGUGGGAACAAAAUUUACACUUCAUACAUUUAUAAAGCUAUGAAUUUGGUGAAGAAAGACGGACCAGUUCCUCUAAUAAAAAAAACAAAACAAAACAAAAAAAUAAUCAAUCCGCCAUGUGCUCAGUAUAGUGUUAAACUUGGUCUAGUGACAUUGGGCAACUUUUUUUUUUUAUCUUGGUCCCUUGUUCUAGUGACUUUCUAGCUCUGUGCACACUUAUCUUGCAUGUUCUCAUUGCAGAAAAACUGUCUUAAACAACUGAGGUCAAUCUAAUGUGCUAUUGAUGAGUAACUUGGUACAAUGGUACACAACUGUAUGCACUGUGAACUGAAAAUAAAUUAUACUGUUUCAUGGUAAUGCAGCCUUUGA